AUGUCUUGGUAUGUAAAUGUUCCAAAAGACACACGAUCAAAUGCAAAAGAGUGGUUAUCAAAACAGCAGAACAUUUCAUGGAUCAUACGGACGCUGCACGUGAACCCGGUGAAAUCGUGGAUGAAGAACCCACGGAUACCCGUGAACCCGUGGACGAAGAACCCAUGGAUACCCGUGAACCCAUCGAAAUCAUGGAUAAAGAACCCAUGGAUACCCGUGAACCCAUGGACGAAGGAUGCUGCUCCAGAAUAUAAAACGGACUCUGCUCCCUACGAUGAUGAUGGCUACGACGCCGAUGACGAAUGGGGUGGCCUUUCGAGACAUUACGUGUUCUGUCAUCGACCCGAAAUGAGAGGAUUCUACAGACGACUCUACACAUUUGGUAGGUGGCCUCUCCAGAUGAGUCAGAGACCGAGGGAACUCGCCAAGGCCGGGUUCUUCUACACGGGACACCACGAUGCCGUCGUCUGUUACUGCUGUGGACAACGCGCCUACGGAUGGAAGAAGAUGGACGAUCCAGUGAUGGAACAUUACAGACUGUCCCCGAGAUGUCCCUACAUUAAUAAUGUGUUCAGACAUUAA